UCAGCCCCCUGCCCUCUCGCCACCCACCGCCUGAGCCCGGCCGAGGAUGCGGCGCAGCGCCUCGGCUGCCAGGCUCGCUCCCCUCCAGCCUGCUUGCUAACUUCUGUGGUUCCGUCCCUGUCCUCCAGCGGGGCCGCCCCGUCUCCCCGCGCUCUCCGGGUCGGGUCCACCAGGCGCGCCGAGAGCUGCCUCUGUGUGCCCCUUGCUGCCAGCCCGCGCGCCCGCGCUCCCCGCCUGCGUCCGCGCCCGCGCCGGGUUCUCGCCGGAUCAUGCUGCCCCUCUGCCUCGUGGCAGCGCUGCUGCUGGCCGCCGGGCCCGGGCCGAGCCUGGGCGACGAAGCCAUCCACUGCCCGCCCUGCUCCGAGGAGAAGCUGGCGCGCUGCCGCCCCCCCGUGGGCUGCGAGGAGCUGGUGCGGGAGCCGGGCUGCGGCUGUUGCGCCACUUGCGCCCUGGGCAAGGGGAUGCCCUGCGGGGUGUAUACCCCCCGCUGCGGUUCAGGCCUGCGCUGCUACCCGCCCCGGGGGGUGGAGAAGCCCCUGCAUACGCUGAUGCAUGGGCAAGGCGUGUGCAUGGAGCUGGCGGAGAUCGAGGCCAUCCAGGAAAGCCUGCAGCCCUCUGACAAGGACGAAGGUGACCACCCCAAUAACAGCUUCAGCCCCUGCAGCGCCCAUGACCGCAGGUGCCUGCAGAAGCACUUUGCCAAAAUUCGAGACCGGAGCACCAGUGGGGGCAAGAUGAAGGUUAUCGGGGUGCCCCGGGAGGAAACACGGCCUAUGCCCCAGGGCUCCUGCCAGAGCGAGCUGCACCGGGCCUUGGAGAGGCUGGCCGCCUCACAGAGCCGCACCCACGAGGACCUCUACAUCAUCCCCAUCCCCAACUGCGACCGCAAUGGCAACUUCCACCCCAAGCAGUGCCACCCGGCCCUGGAUGGGCAGCGCGGCAAGUGCUGGUGUGUGGACCGGAAGACGGGGGUGAAGCUUCCGGGGGGCCUGGAGCCGAAGGGGGAGCUGGACUGCCACCAGCUGGCUGACAGCUUCCGAGAGUGAGCCCUACCAGCAGGCAGGGGGCUCAGUGCUCCCUGCUCCCCCUUUCCCUAGAGGCUGCAGAGCUGCCCUGGAGCCUGGGACUGAGUCCUAGCUCUGCCUCUGGCCAAGAAGUUUCCCUUGGGGUGUGUGUUUGUGUGUGUGUGUGUUUUUAUGAGCAUAGGUGUGCUCUUGGGGUGAGCUGGAGCCUGGAGGUGUCCUCUUUGGGCUUAGAUAGCCUGAGAGGUCUGAGAGUGGCAAUGGGGAGCCCUAGUAUAUUUCCAAAUUGAUCCUGGAUUCAUUCAUUCAUUCAUUCAUUUGUUCAUUCAGCCAUCUAAAAACAUUUAUUGACUACAUAUUACAUGCCAACUCUAGUUUUCAGCCCUGGGGUCUCUUAUUCUGACUUUUUCUGAUUUGGACAUGUGGGGCCACCUCCUAAGAUGAACACAAAUCUGUGGGAGAAGAGAAGUCCCAUUCCCAUAAUCAGAGGAGGAAAGUAGACAUGUACCUUGACCUCUCAAUCUAGUUAGAGAAUGGAGGCCACAGAGAAGGUGUGGGGUAGCAGAUGGCUCAGUGGUCAGAAGACCAGACCCACUGCCAAGCUUCUCUUUCCUUCUUCCCCAGGUCCCUCCAGGGGGAAGGACCUGCAGAGGACCUACCUACCUUUGGGUUGGGUGUUGUGCCAUCUGCUUGGUUGCCUGGCAAUUGAGACCUUGCUAUGAGGGAGGGAAGAGGGUCAGAGGUAGGCCUUCAGGACAGAGGGCUGGGGCAGUGAGGCCCAUCUCUGUGCAGUCAGGGUCAGGGGAGAGAAUGCGUGAUCGGACUGCGUGUGCCUGAAGGAGAAGGGGACUGGCAUGCUGGGGGGUGAGGGACUUGCCUGGGGUCCUGCUUCCUUCCAUUUGUGGUCAGCCAUGAGGUCACAAGGAUGACUCCAUCCUUCAGUGGCUCACAGCGAGUGGCUCUGCUUCCCUCCCCACACCUCCUUUCCCUGCACCUCACUCCCCUAUACUUCCCUACCCCUGGGCAUUUUCUGGCUUGACUGGAUGGAAGGAGAUGGAGGGACCUACCAGUUGGCCAUGAUGUCUUGUCUUUUUUUUUUUUUUUUUUUAACAAAA